GGGGUUGUUACCUCCGAAAUAUACAUGCAAUUAUGAGAGUUUCAAAAUACCUUUUUUUGGAAAAUAAUGAUUAUGAAGACAUCUUUUUAUUAAAUGUUCUAUCAAUUGAAGGUCAGCUGAACCAAACAGGGGAGGGAUGUAAAGCUUCUCCUUAUACACAUUUAACCACGGGUCUAAUCCCGCAGCUAACGACUGAACCCCUCAGGAGACAAAGAUCUCAGAUCGAAUUCACACAUUUCUUUGGCUUCCAAACAUCCAGAGAUGCUGUAAAUUGCGGAACGUUAAGGAUGACCUGAAGUUAGCGAACCUUUCCUUCACCUUGUAUGCACCGGUGAUACAACUGCUGGACAGGGAAUUCUGGGUAACGAGCAAUAUGUCAAAGACAACUCUUCAAUUCUUGGUUUGCGGCAUAGUGCUUCUGUUUUUGAUCGCGAUGCUUUAUUCACCGAGUCAACAUCAACCUGACAGAGUAGUCAAUCAGGCUUCGACGGACCUGAAUCAAGCAGAACAAAUAGCUAGCACGGAAGUGACGUUAUGGUCACAUGAUCUGAAUUCUUGGAAACAGAAUACAACAUUGUGUCAUCAUCCUAGUGUAGACCGGUCCUCAGUUCUAAAUACCCCCACCGGACCAGUGGGAAUAUCUGUGUAUGAUCCAAAGAAGGACAUAUGGGUUUCACAGAAAAUUAUUCGAACAGGAGAUUUUGACGGAAACAAGAGACAAUUAGUGUACGAGUUAUUAAUAAAUGAUGACCCGGAUGUGAACUUCAUUGACGUUGGAUGUAACAUUGGAGUGUACUCCUUGACAAUGGCGAAGAUGGGAAGAAAGGUUCUGUGUAUUGAUGCUUUAUAUCUAAAUGUGGAGCACGUAUGUGCCUCGAUAGUACAGAACCAUUUCCAAACGUCUAUCACUAUUGUAAUGAAUGCGUUGUCAAACAAUCGAAAGCAUGUAGAUUUAGGAGUGGACAAUAAAAACUAUGGCGGUACCUUUGUUGACGAGGAUGCUGAUUUUGUGAAGAGUGUAAAAGGAAGGACGGCCAAUGGAGGGCAUUAUACAAGUAUUUCCUCAAUUGUUAUGGACGAUUUAUUACUGUUACCAAAUAUUAAUCUGUUUAGAAAAUCUUUUAUUAAAAUGGAUAUAGAAGGAUUUGAAUGGAAGGCUUUGGAGAAGGCGUCCGCAUUUUUCAAAACGAUCAACAUUCGGGGCGUCCUCAUGGAGUGGAUAUUCCACCGCGGCAAGGAAUCAGGAGAAAGAAUUACAGAGUUCAUGAUUCGUCACAAUUUAUAUCCCCAUGCACAGGUGUCUCCAACAUAUUAUCGACCGCUAGAUGUCUCUCUAAAAGGAAAGUGGCAUUUCAUGGACAUACUGUGGUUAAAGCGAUGAGAAUGUCUGAAGAUGUAUUUACACAUUUCUCAGAGAUGAAACAUCUAUGAACUGAAAAAAUAUUAUGUCAUUCACAAAAAUUACAAAGUGGCCGGGUUAUAAGAGUUGUGCACUAAAGUUAGUAAUUGUCCUGUGAUGCUGCAUGGAUUGUGUAACCUGUUGCUUCGUGAAAUACCGAUCAUGACUAAAGAUUCGAUAUGUUUUUGAUUAAAGUAACAAACUUUACUACACUACGUCAUGCUCAUAAUUCAGUUAUAAGGUUCAGCGUAAGUCAAAUUGGUUUCUUCAAAUCCAAUUCCCAACAUUUGCCAGUCAGUGGUCCUUUUCCACAAUAAAACUUUGCGAUUCAGGUGGAAAACUGAAAAACUGCAAUUUCUGUACAAAAAUUCGCUUAUACAUUUCUGAAUGAAAAAAAAAACUACUUAUACAUGUAUACUCAUUACUCUGGGCAUAGAUGUACCUGUUAUUCUACAAGAACAAAAAGCUUUUGGCCGUCAGCUUAAUAUUUAGAUGUAUCGACUACGUUUUAUCUAUUAACAAUAUCUAUUUUCAUUUAUCUAUCGAUUCGAUAUAUCCCAGUGAACUCGAAUAAAGAGACUCCACAUAGUCUUCUAUAUCUGCUUCAUAUUUGUAUAUUUUUAUUGGAUAUAGAUGUCAGCUGCAAACUAACAGCACAGCUUUAUGACAAAUGAGGGGACUUCUCAUAUUUGUUUACCAAUACGCCAUUGUCACCUACAUAAUGUUUUUAGUGUCUCUCCAAUGAUUCGAUACGUGAGAGCAUGUUCUGCUUAUGAUAAGUUUUUAAAUCGAUGAAGACUACUGGCGAAUAAAUGUGUGUUUCAGGAGUUCCAACAGUCUCGUUUAAAGUCAACAUUUCGCAAAUCAUAUCGUCGCUAUAUUGAUCUAAGGAAUGCUUGUUACUUCUAGGCAUCUGAUCUCAUCUUUAGUGUGUUCAGGGGUUCGUGUUUGCCCUUCUCGUAAUUUUGUGUUCUCAAUAAGAUUUAUGAGAUUAAUCAUUCUUGUAUUUGUCCAUAUUUACAGAAGGAUUUAUAACAUAAAUUGUGUC